CUCGCACCGUUGAGACGUACAUUUUACCGGGGCUUUCUGUCGCUGCUUGUGUCGUGGUUCGGAGAGUGAUUCGGUGUGUUAAUAAUUCACCUCUCCUGGUCCAGCCACCCAUUCUCAUGCCAAGCCCGAGGGAGUCUCUGUGAAUGUGAAUUACGAGGAAGUGAAUGGGCAAAUAAUCAAUCCCCAGCUGAAAUAUUAAUUCGUCCCCCCAGUUGAGUGACAAUGAAUCAAGUGUCCUUCCUCGGCGUCCUCUGCAUCGUGGCGCUCCUUGUGGCCACGGAGGGCUCAGAAGUGCCCAUUAGUGAGCAAGUGUCAUUAAUGUCGAAGCAAUUGAAUGCACUGAUGACGAGGCGACGAGAGGAUUACCAACUCCUAGAGGAGAACUUGAAGAAGUUCGUGCGCCAGAAUGCUCAGCAGUACACCACAGUUGAUGUACGAGAGGAGAUUAAUCAAUUGAGGAAGGAGCUGAAGAUCCUGCGAGAGGGAUGGCAGGGGUCGAAUGAACACCUCACGGCGCAAUGGCUCACGAGGACCAUCGCCGAAUUGCGGUCGGAAUUGGCUGAACUUCAGCAAACAUCGUCAGCAUCGUCAAAGGAGUUCCAGCAACGCACACAAAUGAUUGAGGACAUCAGUGGCUUGAGGGAGGACGUGAAGAGUCUCAGGCUGGAAAUCGAGGCGCUGCGACAGCGCCAAGAGAAGGCCGACAAGUUGAUCCACGAGCUGCGGAAUGAGGCCAUCCAGACCGGCGAGGAUUUGCGACGCAGCCUCAAGUACAAGAAUCAGAAACACUCCAAAGCUAUUGAUUUCGCGAAGCCGGAAGCUGAUCACCGGAUGCGCCACAGGCGCUUCAUUCGGCAGCAACUGCACGAUCUGGACGCCGGUCAGAAGGCGCUCUUCCGGCGCGUGUCGGAACUGAAGAACCAGCGCCUGGGCGAGCGUCUGCAGAGCGUCGAGACGGAGGCGAAGCACGCCGCCACGAAGACGUUCAACCUCAGCCGCGAGCUCGGCCACCAGAGCACCACCAUGAACAAGAUGCACAGCUCGAUUCUGGAGCUGCUGGAGGACGUGGAGGGCAUCCAGAACAAGAUGGACAAGACGCUGCCCGAGCUACGCCGCGAGAUCUCCAAGGUGGAGUUCAACGCUGCCCAAAUCACGGCGCAGCAGCACUUCAGCCACGAGGAGGGCCAGAACUGCGCCAAGGCGCUUCAGGCGCUCGCCGUGAGCGUGAGCGGCCUGCAGAAGGACGCGGACAUCGUGCGGGCGGUGCAGCACCAGACGGACCGGCUGCAGCAGGACGUGGAGCGGCUCAAGUCCGCCGUGUCGCUGCACAGGGAAGUCUUCCACAGCCGCCUGGAGAAGAUGGAAUCUGAGUCGAAGGACAACCAAUCUGCAACUCCCGAAGACGUUCUUUCGCCGGACCAGCGUGAAACGCAGAUCCUAGUCGAUCAGCUGGAGCACGUGGAAAUGGAGUACGAAACGAUUGUCAACAAGAUGCCGCGCGAUUGCUCUCACCUGGAUCACAGCUUGAAUGGUUUCUACCUGAUCGCUCCGGAGGGACAGCAUCGUCCGAUCAUAACGAAGUGCUCAGCCGGCGGAUGGAGUCUGAUCCAGCGUCGCCACGACGGUUCGGUGGACUUCAACAGGUCCUGGGACGAAUAUGCGCAAGGCUUCGGAUCGCCCUCGAGUGAGUUCUGGAUCGGGAACGAAGCGCUGCACCGACUCACGGCGGACAACUGCUCCAGUCUGCGGAUAGAGAUGCAGGACAUCUACGACAACACCUGGCGAGCGGAGUACAGCCACUUCCACAUCGACACUCGCGCCGACGGAUUCAGGCUGACAGUGGCGGGAUUCAGUGGGAACGCCUCGGAUGCGCUGAACUACCAGAACGGGAUGCAGUUCUCGGCGAUCGACGACGAUCGGGACAUCAGCAACACGCACUGCGCCACGAACUAUGAGGGCGGAUGGUGGUUCUCGCACUGCCAGCACGCCAAUCUCAACGGCAGAUACAAUCUGGGCCUGACCUGGUUCGACUCCACGCGGAACGAGUGGAUCGCCGUGAAGUCCAGCACGAUGGAGAUCGCAAGGAGGUCACGAUGCGACGCCGAAGACACCACGAUCACUCCCGAUCAAGCCAAAGACUCCACCGAAUCUACCAGCGUAUAGAGAUCAACCAAAAGACUCCAAGAGACUCCAGAAGCACACCUCCCGGGCAGUCCUGGAGGAUCGGUAGCCAAUUAGCGACACAAAGUGAUCGUGAAAUCUACAGGAGUUAUAAUCAGAGUUGGAAGGAUGCCGCAACGGACUAACUUUCGAGGAAGGAGUUUGAAACAUCGGGACCAAGUUUAGAUCCUGAUUCAUUCGAACCAAGCAAUUUGGGAAAUUGACAAAUUUAUUUAUACAUUUCAAGAAAUCAAGAUCUAGAUUCUUGAGACUCCAGAAAGCAAUUAAGCAGAGCUUCUAAGCAAUCACAAAAAUUUGAUCUUCAACUCUGGUUAUAAUUAAAACACAAUGUAAAUAUCGUAGGAAAAAUCAAUGACCGGGAUUUUUCAAUUCCUGUCGAAAACAUAUCUUUUCUCAAAAUUGUAAACAUUCCUUUUGAGGAGUGGAAAGUAUCCAAAAUAUAUAUACUUAAGCCAUCAGCGUUGUCAGUAAAGCCAGAAACGGAAAGUCAUGUUAGUCGUUUAGAGACGUUUGUUUGAAUUUUGAAAUUUUCCUCAAAUUCUGUCGCCAUGUUGAAACGAAUAAUGUUAGGUGUAAUCUAAAAAUAGGAUCGCUUUAGUGCAUAAUCAGCAAGUAUUUUUGUAAAGACUAUACUUUCCUCUAAUCUUAUUUAUAUAUUACCUUUAAAGAACUGAGACUUAACUUCUGCCGAGCGUAUCGCAAUGAUCGCAGCGCAUUCUAAUCAAUGGUCCUAAUAAUCACAAUAAAUGCAGAUCGUGUAGAAAUAGUGAAGUACCAAAGAGAAUAUCUAUAGAAAUACGUGUGGCAUCUCAAGCAUGACUCAAAUAUAGCCAAGUAGAGUGUAAUUUUAUUCUACGAAUAAGGAACUGUUCAAUGAAUUUAAAACGAAUGGCAUUUAAUUGUAAAAACAAAUAAUCACUAAUAAAAUCGCCUAUAAUCAUAGUUGUGUAGUCAUUAACUUUCGCUCUAGUUCUAGUGCAUUUCAAGGCAUUGUUCAUGUCAAAGAAGCUUCAGUGGAAAAUAUCGAUGGUACAAUUGAUCAUGAUUUUCAUGUAGAAAUUGUAUGUAAGUUUGAUUUCUGUACAAUAAA